UAAUUUAAAAGAAUGGACGCCUCAAGCUCGGAAAGUUAAUGAAAAUUUUGUUGAUAAUUUAUCCACCAGUAGUUUAUUUAAUGUCUUAAAGGAAUACUAUAUGAUUCAAAAUGGUGGUAAAAAAUACAUGAAUACCAUUAAAUGCGUCAUCUCGAUUGAUAGCCAAAUUGGAAAUCCAGCCAGUAUUAUUGAUCAAAUAAUUCCUGUUAGCAUUGAGGAUACUACAUCAAGAGCAGAUUUGGUUGCGCAAGCAUUGAAUGCCUACAAUUUUGAAAACCCUGAUAAAUAUAUAGCUAACACGCCUAACAAUAUUUACAUCCUCCUACUUUCUUCUUCUAAUAUUGAUAAUAACCCUGCAUGUCCAAGCUUCUUGUGUGAUGUAGAAAAUGAUUUAUUUAACUUACAUGAAGAUUGUAAUAAAGGAACUUGCGGCUUUUACGAACGAGCAAAAUCUUUAGUGAGCAAAGAGGAAUACACCAUCAUUACUGUUAGUAUUUGCAAGAAAUUAAUACCUAUCAACAAUUGUCAACCACAAGAUCAUGAUCUUAAUGGAGAUUCCCAUAUUGAUAAUAUGGUUAAGACUCUUUUUCAUGAAAUAGCAGAAGCUAUUACUGAUUCCGGUCAAGGUUCAGGUUGGGUAGCAAAUAAUGGUGAUGAGAUUGGUGAUCUAUGUCAAAAUAAUUUUUUUAAUCUUUUAACAAGCUCAAAUGGAGCCAAAUAUAAUGUUGUUAUGAAUGGAAUGAAAUAUUAUGUUCAAUCAAUCUGGAGUCUUAAAGCACAAAAAAUGUAUUAA